AUGGCGGCAGCGGCAGCGGGUGGUGCGGCCUCCGGGCUGCCGGGUCCAGUGGCACAAGGAUUGAAGGAGGCAUUGGUGGAUACCCUCACCGGAAUCCUGUCCCCAGUGCAGGAGGUGCGAGCGGCUGCCGAGGAACAGAUUAAGGUGCUCGAGGUGACAGAGGAAUUUGGUGUUCACCUGGCAGAGCUGACCGUAGAUCCCCAGGGAGCACUGGCAAUCCGUCAGCUGGCAUCAGUCAUCUUGAAGCAGUAUGUGGAGACUCACUGGUGUGCCCAAUCAGAGAAGUUUAGGCCUCCUGAAACUACAGAAAGGGCAAAAAUUGUUAUCCGGGAGCUAUUGCCCAAUGGGUUGAGAGAAUCAAUAAGUAAGGUGCGCUCCAGUGUGGCCUAUGCAGUGUCAGCCAUUGCUCACUGGGACUGGCCUGAAGCCUGGCCCCAACUCUUCAACCUGCUCAUGGAGAUGUUGGUGAGCGGAGAUUUAAAUGCAGUCCAUGGAGCCAUGCGAGUGCUGACAGAAUUCACUCGAGAAGUAACAGACACACAGAUGCCCCUUGUUGCUCCGGUCAUUCUUCCAGAGAUGUAUAAGAUCUUCACUAUGGCCGAGGUGUAUGGCAUUCGAACCCGUUCCCGAGCUGUGGAGAUUUUUACCACUUGUGCCCAUAUGAUCUGUAACAUGGAGGAACUGGAAAAGGGUGCAGCCAAAGUUCUGAUCUUUCCUGUGGUGCAGCAGUUCACAGAGGCCUUUGUUCAGGCCCUCCAGAUACCGGAUGGCCCCACAUCUGACAGUGGAUUUAAGAUGGAAGUUCUAAAGGCAGUGACAGCCCUGGUGAAAAACUUCCCAAAGCACAUGGUGUCCUCCAUGCAGCAGAUUCUGCCUAUUGUUUGGAACACCCUAACUGAGAGUGCAGCUUUUUAUGUGAGGACAGAAGUAAAUUACACAGAGGAAGUUGAAGAUCCUGUGGAUUCUGAUGGUGAAGUCCUGGGCUUUGAAAAUCUCGUCUUUAGUAUUUUUGAGUUUGUCCAUGCUCUCCUAGAAAAUAGCAAAUUCAAAAGCACUGUUAAGAAAGCCUUGCCUGAGUUGAUUUACUAUAUAAUCCUGUACAUGCAGAUCACUGAGGAGCAGAUUAAAGUAUGGACAGCCAACCCCCAACAGUUUGUAGAAGAUGAGGAUGAUGAUACUUUCUCCUAUACGGUUAGGAUUGCGGCUCAAGACUUAUUGCUUGCUGUGGCCACUGAUUUUCAGAAUGAGAGUGCAGCAGCCCUGGCUGCUGCAGCCACUCGGCAUUUACAAGAAGCUGAGCAAACCAAAAACAGCGGUACCGAACACUGGUGGAAGAUACACGAGGCCUGUAUGCUUGCCCUCGGCUCAGUGAAGUCUAUCAUCACUGACAGUGUGAAGAAUGGCAGGAUCCAUUUUGACAUGCAUGGGUUCCUGACCAAUGUCAUCCUUGCAGACCUCAACCUUUCAGUGUCUCCUUUUCUCUUGGGCCGGGCACUUUGGGCUGCCAGUCGGUUUACUGUUGCUAUGUCCCCCGAAUUGAUCCAGCAGUUUCUACAGGCAACAGUUAGUGGUCUUCAUGAGACACAACCCCCAUCAGUUCGAAUUUCUGCCGUGAGAGCCAUCUGGGGUUAUUGUGACCAACUAAAAGUCUCAGAGAGUACCCACGUACUUCAGCCCUUCCUCCCCAGUAUCCUGGAUGGCUUAAUUCACCUAGCAGCCCAGUUCAGCUCAGAGGUCCUCAACCUGGUGAUGGAGACCCUGUGCAUCGUUUGUACAGUAGACCCAGAGUUCACAGCAAGCAUGGAAAGCAAAAUCUGCCCCUUCACCAUCGCCAUUUUCCUGAAGUACAGUAACGAUCCUGUCGUCGCCUCGCUGGCCCAGGAUAUCUUCAAGGAGCUGUCCCAGAUUGAAGCCUGUCAGGGCCCAAUGCAGAUGAGGCUGAUUCCCACUCUAGUGAGCAUAAUGCAGGCCCCAGCAGACAAGAUCCCUGCAGGACUGUGUGCGACGGCCAUUGAUAUCCUGACCACAGUAGUACGGAAUACAAAGCCUCCCCUUUCCCAGCUACUCAUCUGCCAAGCUUUCCCAGCCGUGGCACAAUGCACCCUUCACACAGAUGACAACGCCACCAUGCAGAAUGGUGGAGAGUGCUUGCGGGCUUACGUGUCGGUGACGCUGGAGCAGGUGGCCCAGUGGCACGACGAGCAGGGCCACAACGGGCUGUGGUACGUGAUGCAGGUGGUGAGCCAGCUCCUGGACCCCCGUACCUCCGAAUUCACGGCGGCCUUCGUGGGUCGCCUCGUCUCCACCCUCAUCUCCAAGGCAGGGCGGGAGCUUGGGGAGAACCUGGACCAGAUUCUUCGUGCCAUCCUCAGUAAGAUGCAGCAGGCAGAAACGCUCAGUGUCAUGCAGUCUCUGAUCAUGGUGUUCGCUCAUCUGGUGCACACUCAGCUGGAACCCCUCUUGGAGUUCCUGUGCAGCCUCCCGGGACCUACUGGCAAACCUGCCCUGGAGUUUGUAAUGGCUGAGUGGACAAGCCGACAGCAUCUGUUCUAUGGACAAUAUGAGGGCAAAGUCAGCUCUGUGGCACUGUGUAAACUGCUCCAGCAUGGCAUCAAUGCAGAUGACAAACGGCUACAGGAUAUCCGCGUGAAGGGAGAGGAGAUCUACAGCAUGGAUGAGGGCAUCCGCACCCGCUCUAAGUCAGCCAAAAACCCUGAGCGCUGGACAAACAUUCCUUUGCUGGUCAAGAUCCUGAAGCUGAUCAUCAAUGAGCUCUCCAACGUCAUGGAGGCCAAUGCCGCACGCCAGGCCACUCCUGCAGAGUGGGGUCAAGAUGACUCCAACGAUAUGUGGGAGGACCAGGGGGAGGACGAAGAAGAGGAGGAGGACGGUUUAGCUGGCCAGCUCCUAUCUGACAUUCUCGCUACAAGUAAAUACGAGGAGGAUUACUACGAGGAUGAUGAGGAAGAUGACCCUGAUGCCCUAAAGGAUCCUCUCUAUCAGAUUGAUCUGCAGGCAUAUCUCACGGACUUCCUCUGCCAGUUCGCUCAGCAGCCCUGCUACAUAAUGUUCUCAGGCCACCUUAAUGACAACGAGAGGCGGGUUCUGCAGACCAUUGGCAUCUAAAAAAUGGACACUUUCCACAUCUGCUCCUCCUGGCCCAGCCACAAACCAUUUUGCAGCCCUAAACUGGCCUCGAGAUGUACUUUCUUUUCAACCUAGAGUGGCCUCCUGACUCUCGGCCCUUGGCCUUUGCAGAGUGACAAUUCAGACCAAGCUCACCAGUGCUGUCACUUAGGAAUACUGGAACAAAGGACAUUUCUCAAAGACCCCCUGAAGAGACUCCAUCUCUAGAACCUUUUUCUCCCCAACUGUGCCCUCACCUCUGUUCCUAGAGUCCUCUGCUGGCCACUCCAGAAACAUAUUGCCCAGAAGGAUUAUGUGUUCAUGGAUUAUUUUGUCCCACCUCAGGAGCACAGGAAGUCAUGACCAUUUAUAUUCUAAAACAGACCUGUUUACUUUCAUAGGACAUCUGAUGUGUUCAGAUAGGAAUAACCUUGAGAGAUGAUUCUGCUUUCUGCCCUCCACCACAGAUGCUCUGGGUUCUCCAUAGGAACGAGAGAGAGCAGCUACAUUCUGAGCCCUCUCCAGUGACCUCUCCUUGUCUCCUUCCUAUAACACUAAGGCUCCCCUGUCAAAGGAAGUCAUCUUGUUUUUGCCUCAUUGCAUGACACAGCCCCUCCCCCUAAGCAAUCCCUGUGUAUACAUGCACACACACAAAAUAAGCCAGACAGAUGGCACGUUGGUUUUCCUUUUUUAGAAAAAAAAAAAAAAAUGGGAAAAACAUUUUUUUAAAAGUCCUCCUGACCCAACCAUAUUUAAUAUUCCUCUCCCACCCAUCACCACACAGUCUGAUAGUCAAAGGUUACCCCAUCUCCCUCAGAAAUCCUCUAAAGUGGUUAAGUUGUAGCCCUCAAAUUUGCAAUGUGUAUUUUUCUAGGAGAGUAAAGUAAUCUUUACAAAUGAAUUUAGUCCGCAUGGUAUAAGGUGUACCAGCACAUCUGCCUUCUGUUCCUUUUAGAAGGAAAAUAAACUUAAGG